AUGGUUCGCGUCAUCAUCAAAGGCGGUGUGUGGAAGAACACUGAAGAUGAGAUUCUCAAGGCUGCCAUCUCCAAAUAUGGCAAGAAUCAGUGGGCGCGUAUCUCGUCGCUCUUGGUCCGCAAGACACCAAAACAGUGCAAAGCCAGAUGGUACGAAUGGCUCGACCCUUCCAUUAAGAAGACCGAGUGGUCCAAAGAAGAAGAUGAAAAGCUCCUUCACCUUGCCAAGCUCAUGCCUACACAGUGGCGCACAAUAGCCCCACUUGUUGGCAGAACCGCUAAUCACUGUCUUGAGCGCUAUCAGAAGCUUCUCGAUCAGGCCGAGGCUCAAGACAAUCAGGCUACCUCUAGCUCUCUCGGUCUCAUCGGCACCGGCGAAGCCGUCCCCAGCGCAGAUGACGUCCGCCGUCUACGCCCCGGUGAAAUUGACCCAGAUCCGGAAACCAAACCUGCCAGGCCUGACCCCAUCGACAUGGAUGAAGAUGAAAAAGAGAUGCUUUCAGAAGCUCGAGCACGACUUGCUAACACACAAGGUAAGAAGGCCAAGCGCAAGGCCCGAGAACGCGCUCUCGAGCAAUCCCGCCGUCUUGCCAUGCUUCAGAAGCGCAGAGAGCUCAAAGCUGCUGGCAUCACAAUCAAACAAAAGCCAAAGAAGGGUUCUGUCGACUACAAUGCCGAUGUUCCAUUCGAGAAGAAGCCGCUUCCCGGCUUCUACGACACGAGCGCCGAGACCUCCAAAUCGUACAAGGCACCCAUCGGCAAAACGCUGCAGGAGCUCAACAAUCGAAACGCUGGCCCCGAAGAUGCCACAAAGAGUAAGCGUCAGCGUGAGGCUGAGGAGAAAAACAAACAAGCCAAACAGCCGAUCGCAGGUCCAAGUGACGAGCACAUUCGCAAGCUCAAGGAAGCUGACCAAAUCACCAAGCGGCGCAAACUCAACCUGCCCGCUGCUCAAGUUGGCCAAGACGAGCUGGAAGCCAUCGUCAAGAUCGGCCUAGCAGGCGAACGUGCGCGUUUCUUAGUUCAAGACGGCUCUAGCGAUGCUACCGACAGCUUGCUCGAAAACUACUCGGCGCUCGAUUCGGCAAAAGCGACCCGUACCCCUCAACUAGCAGCCCACGAAGACUCUGUCAUGAGAGAGGCCAACCAUCUUCGCCUCAUAUCCUCAAUGCAGACCCCGCUCCUGGGCGAUGUCAACGUGGACUUGCAAUCAUCCAAAUCCUCGGGUAUUCAGACGCCUGGAUCCUUCGUACCUCAAACACCCAACCCGCUCUUGACACCUGGUCUCCGAAACGGACAGACUCCAGCCUCGGCAAGCGACUCGAGACUCCAUGCAGACACCAGCACGCCACAAAGGACGCCGCUGCGCGACAACUUGGGUCUCAAUGUCGACGAUAGCUUUCAAGCUGGUCAUGAGACGCCAAGAGAGCUCAAGCGGGCACGUAGCCUGGCCCAGUCUCACCUCAGGCAGAGUCUCUCAUCGUUGCCCGCGCCAAAGAACGACUUUGACAUUGUCGUCGAUGAACAGGACGUCGAAUUGCAAGCGAAUUCGAGCAGCAGACUUGAUAACGAGCCUGCUAUGAGUGAAGAGGACGCAGCGGAACGUGAUGCCAGACUUGCUCGUCAAGCCGCCGAGGAGGAAGCCAGAUCCGAGGCGCGCCGCAGUCAAGUUGUGCGUCGCAAUCUGCCGCGACCGGCACAAGUCGAUUUGUCGCGCUUGCACAAUCAGAUUGAUUCUCGCUACCGCGAUCGGGUAGAGCUUCUCGUUGCACGCGAAACGGCCCAACUCUUGCAUCACGACGCCAACGUGCAUCCCAUUGCUGGAGGCAAGCAUCCCGAGCCUGAGGCGGUGCAAUUCGAUACGCUGUCCGAUACAUCCUUAAUUACCGCUCGAGAGCUUAUGCGUAAAGAGCUAGCCGAACAGCUUGGAUUCCCCGGUGCCAAUCAGGAGGCUCUGAAACGUAUGGUGGCAGCUUCGCUCAAUGACGACGAGGAGGGUAUGCAAAGACUGGAGGAUGCGCUCAAGCAACAAUGGUACGAGGCAAGAAACAACAAGUCGCAGCUUGUGGAACAAUUGGAGGUGACACGCGCCAAGAUGGCUCGAAUAGCAUCACAAGCGGCCAAGGGCGAAAAGAUGCUGACGAAAGUGCUAGGCGGCUAUCAGGCGCGGAGCGUGGCGCUCCUGAAUUCGACCAAGGAGCAGUUCAAGGCGCUGCAAGAAGCGGCCAUUUCGCGCGAGACAUUCGAGUAUCUCGGUCGGGGAGAACAGUGUGGUAAGGCCGACCGACUCGACUCGCUGCGCAAAGAGGUCGAAAGUUUGGCUAGGCGGGAAAGUAUGGCUCAGACGGCGUACAAACUCUUGGCAGAGGAGCGGAGCACGCUGCAGGAACAUUGUGAGAUGCUUGAGAUGGAACUUCUCAUGCGACAGGCUGAGUCUCUCAACGAGGCUAAUCUGUCUGCCUAG